AAAAUAUAUAUACAGUAGUCCCUAAAAUCCGAGCCAGAAAAUCCAGUGAAGGAUACGAAGUAGAAGAAGAAGAAGAAGAAGAUUCAGUGAGAGAGCGAUUGAAGAAGAAGAUGGGGGUGGAUUACUAUAAGGUUCUUCAGGUCGAUCAUAGUGCAAAUGACGACGAGCUUAAGAAAGCUUAUCGCAAACUGGCCAUGAAGUGGCAUCCUGAUAAGAACCCUAACAACAAAAAAGAAGCCGAAGCUAAAUUCAAGCAGAUCUCUGAAGCUUACGAUGUUCUGAGUGAUCCUCAAAAACGAGCAAUCUACGACCAAUACGGUGAAGAAGGUUUAAACCAAGCCCCACCACCCGGCUCCGGAGGAUCAGACCCCGGUCCUUCUUUCCGAUUCAAUACCAGAAGCGCCGAUGAUAUCUUCUCCGACUUCUUUGGUUUAAAGAGGCCUUUUGGUUCGGGAAGCGACUCACGAGCUGGACCUUCUGCGUUUAGGUAUGGCGAUGACAUCUUCGCUUCCUUGAGGGCUGCUGUUUCCGGAGAUACCUCCAUCCCUGCUAGGAAAUCUGCUCCUAUUGAGAGACAAUUGCCUUGUAGUUUGGAGGAUUUGUAUAAAGGAGUCUCCAAGAAGAUGAAGAUCUCUCGUGAUGUUCUCGACUCCUUUGGGAGGCCAACACCGGUAGAGGAGAUCUUGACAAUAGAAAUCAAACCCGGUUGGAAAAAAGGAACAAAGAUAACCUUCCUGGAAAAAGGAAACGAGCACCGCGGAAUCAUUCCAUCCGAUCUUGUUUUCAUCGUGGAUGAGAAACCGCAUUCCGUUUUCAAACGGGACGGGAAUGAUCUGGUGGUAAUGCAAAAGAUAUCUCUGGUGGAAGCUCUCACAGGUUGCACCGCGCAGGUCACUACUCUUGACGGGAGAAGCCUAACAGUUCCGGUAAACAAUGUGAUCAGCCCGUCGUACGAAGAGAUUGUGAAAGGCGAAGGCAUGCCGAUCCCUAAAGAUCCAUCAAGAAAAGGAAACUUGAGAAUCAGAUUCAUAAUCAAGUUCCCUUCGAAGCUAACCGCUGAGCAGAAAUCAGGGAUAAAGCGGAUGUUGUCAUCUUGAAUGUCCAAGAUUGAGUCAUCAUCUCGUUUCAGUUUUUUUUUUUUGUUACGGUCUACUAGUUUUCUAUUUGGGAAAAUAGUCUAGGAGCAGAAGAAGAUGUUAUUUUUGUUCUUUUUAUAAUAUUUUUUUGUGGUUGCAUUUUGGUAGAGUUAAUUGUGAAAUACCACCAGAUCGUUUAACUUAGUAAUGACUGACUAGUGACAAAUGACUAGUGAAGUUGUUAA